UUCCUGCCCCCCGCUUCCUGCCCCCGGAGCCGGAGCCGGAGCCGGAGCGAGUGUCGGUGCCUCCGCCGCCUGGAGCUCAGCUCCUCCCCGGGCCCGCGGCGCCGUCAGCCCCCGGACAGCGGCCUACUCCAGGCCCAGGCCUCGGCCCUAACACGGCGCCGCUCCCCGGACACGGAGGUUCCCACAUGCCGUGACAUGUGUUUGCUGCAGAUCCAAGACAGCCGAGCUUCGGGCAUUCCCGCUGUGAUUACUCGCCAUGGCCACACCCGUUCCGGAGUCCAGCAUGAAUGAAGUGCAGAACUGGGAGCAUGGAAAGGAUUGAGCAAUGACUCAGAGCUUGCUGCAGGGGAAGAGAUUCUACUGUCGACAAUGGGCUUUGCACAAGUUGCAGCGCUGCCUGGACUAUGGUGCAUGCAGCCGGAGCACUGGGGUCUUGGUGACUGGGGGUCCAGGCAGCGGUAAGACUGCCCUGUGCAGUGAGGUGCUGUGGCCAGUCUCUGAGCAUGGCCAGCGGUUUGACCUAUCGGUCAGGACUGUGGCCUAUCACUUCUGCCAAGCUCAGGAUGUCCAGACGUUGUCGGUCAGUGGAUUUGUCCUGAGCCUGGUGGAGCAGAUUGAGAGAAGCUCUUGGCUGCCCAGUUACAGGGAGAGACUGCGGGAGGUUUCAUUGCAGGCAUUACUGGAGCGCAGCGAGUGUGAGAAAAACCCCGAUGAAACCUUCAAAAGAGCCCUCCUUCUUCCUCUGCUGGACCUGCAGCCCCCAUCACAGAAUCUCCUGCUGCUCGUGGACUCCAUCGAUGAAGGGGAGAUCUUCAAAGAUGCCGACUGGAAGCCUUCUGGGAAGAGUGGGACCAUCGCUGAGCUUCUGUCCAAUCACCAGGAACUCUUCCCGUCCUGGUUACUCCUGGCGUGUUCAGCUCGAAAACAAAAUAAAACAAUUAGCAGAAUGUUUUCAGGUUUCCGGAAAAUUUGCCUGGACGAUCUCCGUAAAUCCCACAUUGUGAAGGACGUGCAGCAGUAUAUUCUGUGCCGAUUAGACCAGGAGGAAGCUCUGAGGCAGCACCUGAGCCGUGACACUGCGGAAAUGUUAAAUCAGCUUCACAUCAAGAGCAAUGGCUGCUUCCUAUACUUGGAGAGAGUGUUGGACGGGGUGCUGGAUAAUUUUAUCAUGCUGCGUGAGAUUCGUGAUAUUCCGGGCACCCUCAAUGGCCUCUACCUUUGGCUGUGCCAACGACUCUUCACCCGCAAGCAGUUCACCAAGAUCCAGCCAAUUCUCAAUGUGAUGCUGGCUGCCCAGAGACCUCUGACCCCCCGGCAGUUGUUUGAAGCUGUGUGGACCAAAGGCACUUGUUUAACAGCCAAUGAUUUCCAGCGCAAGAUGGAGACAUUGUCCAAACUCCUGCUAGAUGGGGAAGGGGGCACUAAGAUUGUGUUUCACCACAGCUUUGCUGAGUGGCUGCUGGAUGUUAAAUAUUGCACUCAGAAGUACCUGUGCAAUGUGGCACAGGGGCAUGCCAUGCUGGCCAUGGCUCUGACUUGCCGUGCCAAGGAACUGACCGCUGCUCAGGUACAAGAAUACGCCCGGCACCUCGUCCACUCCCAGCUCCAGCCUGAGCCUUCCUGCCUGGCGUUGUGGAUGGUGUGGAGUGGGGCACCAGUCAGCCGAGACUCCCUGGCCUCCAUUUUGCCGGUGGAGCAGGAGGUCUUGCAGCUGCUGGUCAAAGCCGGUGCCUACGCGGCUGACCGGGAGGGAGCAGAUUCCUCGGGAGUCAUUCACCGCGCACUGGAGAGGGAGGAUUCCAUCCGGAUGCUGCUGGAGAAUGGGGCAAGUGUCCACCAGCGUGAUUCGAAUGGGCGCACACUGCUUGCCAACGCAGCUUAUAGUGGCAACUUGGAGGUGGUCAACCUGCUGCUGUCCAGGCAGGCUGAUCUAGAAACUGAAGACCAUCAAGGACAGACACCCUUAACCCUGGCAGCUCGCAUGGGCCACACUAAAGUCCUUCACUGCCUGAUUUCACACAAUGCCAACAUCAAUCAUGCUGACCAGGAAGGCUGGACUGCACUGCGGUCAGCGGCCUGGGGAGGGCACUCUGAAGCUGUCACUGUGCUGCUGGAGUCUGGGGGAGCUGAGGUGGACAGUGUAGACACUGACCAUCGCACUGCACUACGGGCUGCCGCCUGGGGUGGGCACGAAGACAUUGCCCUCACCCUGCUACGGCAUGGGGCUGAUGUCAACAAGGUGGACACCGAUGGACGCACUGCGCUGAUUGCUGCUGCCUACAUGGGUCACCGAGAGAUGGUGGAGAUCCUGCUGGACCACGGUGCUGACAUCAAUCACCGAGAUGCAGAUGGGCGUUCGGCGCUGUCUGUGGCAGCACUCUGUGUACCUGCCAGCCGUGGCUAUGCCAAUGUGGUGAGCCUGCUUAUUGAGCAGGGUGCGGAGGUGGGGCACCGGGACCGCGAUGGCCUGACCCCGCUUUUGGUGGCUGCAUAUGAAGGUCACGCAGACGUGGUGGAUCUGCUGCUGGAGGGUGGAGCCGAUGUGGAUGAGGCAGACUCCACUGGGCGUACGCCACUCCUGGCUGCAGCCUCCAUGGGUCAUGCAGCUGUUGUCAAUGCUCUGCUGUUCUGGGGAGCGGCUGUGGACACCAUUGACAGUGAAGGUCGAACCGUACUCAGCAUUGCUGCUGCUCAUGGUAACACUGAGGUGGUCCAGACCCUCCUGGACAGAGGUCUGGAUGAGAAUCACCGCGAUGACAUGGGCUGGUCACCCCUUCACAUGGCCAGCUUUGAGGGUCACUGCUCUGUCUGUCUGGCACUAAUUGAGCAGGGUGCCAGGGUGACAGAAGUGGACAAUGAUGGAAGGAUCCCAGUGAUCCUGGCAGCUCAGGAAGGCCAUUGCCAGUGUGUUGAGGUCCUGCUGGGAUAUAAAUCUCCUGUGGACUGGCGAGGCUAUGAUGGGCGAACAGCGUUGUGUUCUGCAGCUCUCGAAGGUCAUAAGGAUGUGGUGAAGAUGCUGUUGAGCAAAGGGGCAAGUGUAGACGUGAAGGAUGCAGACGGGAGGCCUUUGCUGUACCUCUUGGCCUUGGACAACCAGAUGGAGAUGCUGCAGCUGCUCCUGGACGAAGGAGCUGCCAACCUGGAGGCACGGGACUUGGACGGACGGACAGUUCUGCACGUGUGUAGCUGGCAGGGUAACCUGGAGUUGGUAAAGUUACUGGUCAAGUAUGGAGCAGAGGUGAACGCCUUGGAUAAUGACCAUCGCUCAGCCCUGCAUUCAGCAGCUUGGCAAGGCCACUCGUCUGUGGUGCAGUUUCUGAUUGAAAGUGGUGCUCCUGUUGAUCAUGCCUGUAACCAGGGAGCCACCGGCCUCUGCAUAGCCUCUCAGGAAGGUCAUACUGAGGUGGUAAGGAUCCUUGUGGAGAGGGGAGCAGAUCCUAAGCAUGCUGACUCAUAUGGCCGGACCCCAAUGAGAGUGGCAGCCAAACGUGGGCAGACAAAAAUCAUGAAAUUGUUAGAGAAAUUUGGUGCACCGGCAUUCAACGGUUAUGUGGCACCAGUGCCUGGGCAGAAAGGGGAGCAACACACCACCACCGUGAAGACUCUGUCCUCUGGUACAUCCAACAGUUCGGGAAGUCCCAGUGUGGUGGCUGUGGAGACGCUUUCUACCAACCGCAUGGUCAGUGAGAAAAAGCAAAUGGGGGCAACAAGCUCUCCCUCGGGGUCCCCAGAUUCCACUGUGGAUCAUCGCAAGUCUCUCAUGUCCAACAACUCUUUGAAAAGUUCUAAAAACUCCUCCAUUGUCACCUCCUCCACCUCCCAUUCCCUGGCCACUGACCAGACAGUGCCCAUCGAUAGCUUGACCUUCACUCAACAGAUCCAGCAACACUCUCUGCCUCGCAGCCGCAGCCGACACUCCAUCCUCACCUCCCCUUCGUCAACACUGGUCAAACCCAAAGUCAGCUCACAGACCAGUGCCAUAUCAGAGUCAGCAAAGAGCCCCAGCAGACAUGGGGGGAGCUCAUGCUUAUCGAGUCCAGUGCUGGGCAUUGAGUUGACACAGACCAGUCCCAAGGGCAAGAAGGGAGCAUCAGGGAAAGUUGCUCUGACCAGUGUCCCAGAGCAAACGUCCAAAGCUGAAAUCACCAAGGGGAGCUCAAAGAUUGGAUCACCACUCAUAACAUCAGUUGACAACAACAAACUGCACACUGAGCGGGAGAUCUCCCCCUUUUAUUGGUGCCGUGACAAACAAACUGUGUCCUCAGGGCUGGAGGAGAAACAGAAUGGAAUCCUCAGCAAGUCUCACAGCAGAGAUCCCAGGAGCCCAAAGGCCUCUCCCCAGAAGUUGAACAGCACCAGCGCAGUAGAGAAAGUGAUGAUGGAGCCAUUGAUCACAAUCACAACCCUGGAUCCUGAACUAAAUCUCAAACAAGCUAUCAAACUUCAAUUCGAGGGCCCAACGAGUGGUUUUAAUUACAAGAAGGAAACACCGUUAUGAGGGAAUGCUUCUGGUGACUGGCUUGUUUGCACAGAGAAUCACUGCGCUGGGUUCGGGCUCCCUGGCUUGUUUGUUAUUCUGUGCCGUAGGAUGGGAUGUCAGAGAGACGCAGCAGUAUUCAUCAGGCUCAGUUCUCUGGGAUAGCACCACGUAAUUCAGGGAAAGGACUGACCUUUUCCUCAUCAUAUCAAUGUAUAAUUCUGUGAAUAUGCAUUGCAGUCUGCUAUGUUUAAUGGCCUACAUCUGCUGUAAAACAGUGUGUACAGUAUUCGGGGCUUUUCCUGAUGCAAUCAGGAUACAAUUUUUAUUUUUCUUAAUUUUAUUUCCUUCAGCGUUAAUGCUCAUGGGAAGUGAGUGUGAAAGGUCAGUGGGGAUGUUUCCUAAUCCCUGAUUGGAGUGGAUGCCCCUUCCCUCUACUCCUCUAGAUCUUGCCCUCUGACCCCUAGUCAAGACAUUGGAGUUUAAACUGUGUUCAAUAUGAGCAGGUUCAUCUGAGUUUAGGAGUACAGUCACAUUGUACCACUGGCAAUGAUGGGAAGCAACCUUCUGUGUCCUAUAUUAUUCUCAUCAACCCAUCACAAGCUGUGUCCCUGUUUUAUCAUUAUAAUGGUGUAUAUGCCCAUCCGAGCAGUUCAAAUGACACAACUAGUUGUGCCCAUGAUGUUGUCGAUGAUUAAUGGUGAUGUAUUUGUCCAUGUGAAUCAUGCAAGUACCACAGAUUGUAUCUUUGGUUUGUGAAUGCUGGUUAUAUUAGAUUGAAGAAAGUUUUCAAUAGUUUUGUUGGCUGAGAUGGGAAUAUGUUGGGAGGCUGUGUUUAUGUGCAGCAUGAACUGGACUCUCCAGCCCCAUAAUGUAUUGCUCUCCACACAAUUUGCAAUAUUUCCUCUGGGGAACAGUCCACCAACCUUCCUCUGCCCCAGACAUAUGCCAGCUCAUCAUUGCCCCUUGUUUACCUCUCAGGGGGCAGUGAGAGGGAGCCAUUUCCCAGGUUGAGAGAAAUACACAGUUAUACUUGCUGGAUGUUGAAAUGGGUACAUCUGCUUAUUACUGCUUCACAGAGUGUUCACAAGAAAAGGACAGCAAUGAAGAGAAUCCAGGGCUCCAGUGGAGGGGAACCUUGACCAAGUUAAGUCCUGAGUGGGGGUCACAGAUGUUGGACUCUGAGUUUGGGAGACGGAUUGCGGCGUUUGGGUUUCUUGAUGGAAUUAGGGAGAGAUUCACAAGCAUUCACCUGACCCUCCGAGCCUGACCUCAGCAUUCCAGAUUACCUUUGGGGCUGAUUUUGGGCUUUGGGAAAAAAAUCUCAAUGGUUGCCCUAACUCCCCAUUUUCUCAUGUACUGUAAAAUUUCUGAUUGUGUUUUUUAGAGGGGCAAGCAGGGGUUGCUGGGCAGUGUUGAAUUGAUUUGCUAAUUUUGGUGCUGUUCUGAUGUUCAUUUGUAUGGAGGGUUACUGAUCAUUUCUGAAAUAUUCAGCUGGCUGCUGUUUCCUCUCUUUCUGGUUUUUAUACAUGGAUUUUUUUGAGAUAAAAGUGUUACUACUGGAGAUUCUUUCCCUCUCAUGCCAAAUACAACGGUUUUGGAUUUAA